GUGUGUCUGUACAAUGGCAGGACUUAUGAAGGGGAUGCUGCCGCUGGAGAUGCUUAACAUCGGCCCCAUGGAGGUGAACACGGUGUCCGAGGUCACGGUCUUGCUGCUUCUUGUUCUUCUGCUGCUCUACACUGUUUGGAGCUGCACAAACCAGUUGUCACACAUACCAGGUCCAUCCUUCUUGGCAGGACUGGGUCCCUUUCUCUCAUACAUCAGAUUCAUCUGGACUGGAGUUGGAACAGCAAGCAACUAUUACAACAACAAAUAUGGCAGCAUGGUGCGGGUGUGGAUUAAUGGUGAGGAGACCCUCAUUUUUAGCAGAUCUACAGAGGUGUAUCAUGUGCUGAAGAGUGCUCACUACACUGCCAGAUUUGGAAGCACAAAAGGUCUGAGGUGUGUUGGGAUGGAAGGGAGGGGUGUCAUCUUCAACAGUGAUGUCCCACUCUGGAGAAAAGUGAGGACGUAUUUCUAUAAAGCCUUGACAGGCCCCGCCAUCCAGAGGACAGUGACAGUCUGUCUGAGCUCCACUGCUAAACACCUGGACAGCCUGCAGGAGAUGACCGACCCCUCUGGUCACGUGGACGCUCUCAAUCUGUUGAGAGCCAUCGUCGUGGACAUCUCCAACAGGCUGUUCCUCAGGGUGCCACUUAACGAGAAGGACUUGCUGAUGAAAAUCCACAACUACUUUGAGACAUGGCAAGCUGUUCUUAUCAAGCCUGACAUAUUCUUCAAGAUUGGAUGGCUGUACAAUAAGCACAAGAGAGCAGCCCAAGAACUGCAAGACGCCAUGGAGAGCCUUCUAGAAAUGAAAAGACAAAUGAUUCAUGACACGGAGAAGUUGGAUGAUGAUCUCGACUUUGCGACGGAACUCAUCUUUGCACAGAACCACGGAGAGCUCACAGCAGAUAACGUAAGGCAGUGUGUGCUGGAGAUGGUGAUCGCAGGCCCGGACACACUUUCCAUCAGUCUCUUCUUCAUGCUGAUGCUGCUGAAACAAAACCCAGAUGUGGAGCAGAGAAUAGUGGAGGAGAUAAACACUGUCUGGAGUGAAAAAGGCGCAGAAAAAAUUAAUUAUCAAAGCCUGAAUGUGCUGGAGAACUUCAUCAAUGAGUCUAUGAGGUUUCAUCCAGUUGUCGAUUUCACAAUGAGAAAAGCUCUGGAAGAUGACGUCAUUAAAGGCACAAAAAUCAGGAAGGGAACAAACAUCAUCCUCAACAUUGGCCUGAUGCAUAAGACUGAAUUCUUCCCUAAACCCAAAGAGUUCAGCCUGUUGAACUUUGACAAAACUGUGCCCAGUCGUUUCUUUCAGCCCUUCGGCUGCGGGCCUCGUUCCUGUGUGGGUAAACACAUCGCCAUGGUGAUGAUGAAGGUCAUCUUGGUCACUCUGUUGUCACGCUACACGGUGUGUCCUCGUCAAGGCUGCACCAUCAACAGCAUCAGGCAGACCAACAACCUCUCGCAGCAGCCUGUGGAGGACAAGCACAGCCUGACCAUGCGUUUCAUCCCUCGCAACACACAACCUCAAUAUAGUCAGCCCUGAAAACCAGUCAAGCUUGAUAAAAACGUUAUUGUUCCAUCGUAUUUUCCUUACUUUCUUUGUGCCAGAAAACAGCAGUUAUGUAUUACAGCAGAUUUGAAGAGAGAAGUGAGCUUUAAAGACUACAGUGAAUACAGGAAUCAGCAAAGACAGUCAACAAGCUCUCAGUGUAAAGAAUCCACCUUGUCUUGGUUUCACAAACAACAUGUACAUAUUAAUCACCGGUAGUUGAUGAAGUUAGUGUUACUGUGUCACAGUGAUCGAUAACAGUAGAUACAGAAUGUUUUGUCACAGACACACUUUUGUCUUAACUAUAACCACAGUGAGUAGUGUUAGUACAAAGCAUAUCGUGUUGUGAUUUCAGUACACAGUUAAAUGUAUAUACGUAGCAUGUGCAAUAAUGUGAAUUAUAGGUGAGGCAAACUUC